AUGCCCGAUGACUUCUUCAUCAAUCUUGGAUUCCUUCAAUCAAUCAGUUUGGAUUACAACAAACUCAAGACACUUCCAAAGUCUUUCAAAAAGUUACAAUCACUUCAGAUACUUAGAUUGGCUCAUAAUAGUUUCAAGAAGAUACCAAAGGUUGUGUUGUCAAUGACAUCUUUGCAGAGUUUGAAUAUGUCUGGAAACAAGAUUGGAUCGAUUCCAAAACAAAUCAAUCAAUUGGUAUCACUCAAGGAAUUGUACUUGUCAGAUAAUAGGAUACGAGUGGUACCUGAUCAGGUUGCCAGGCUAUCACUAUUCAUCCUGGAAUUGUUUGGCAAUCCAAUCAUCAGUCCACCAAGUGAUAUUGUUGAGCUGGGCUUGGAGGCCAUCAUGGACUACCUGAGACACGAGUUGACAUCAAGCUCAGUACGCCACGAACAUUCACUGGAGAUGCAUCAGAAACGUGAGAUUCAAUAUCAAUCACUUCCAACCGUUCCAAUCUACCAUCCAUUGAAGUUGAGAUCCUUGUCAUCCGAUGAUAUUGUGGCAUCCAAGGGUGUGAUCACACUGCGCUCUGCUCCAUCAUCUGCACAGCUGACAAAGAGACCGAUGGUUGCUGAGGGAUUGGUUCGACAGGAGAGCAAGAUGUUCUCGCCCACUGGUCAUUCAAUGAUGAUCCAGGCAUCACCAACUGCCAUCACAAACACAUUAUAUACACCCAAGCCAUUGCCCAAGAUCAAGCCACCCCUGCAGCCCAAGGAGAAGAAGUCUACCACUACGACCAUCGAGGUGUCGACCAGUCUCGAGAAGAAUUCUACAUUGGACAAGAAGAAGAUUAGGAAGUUAUUGUCACCAACACUCACAUCCAUGCAUUUGGCUGCAUCAUCCUUGGACAGUUGUAUUCAGGAACAGAGACAACGCGAGAAGAGAGAGAAGAAGAAUAUAGAGAGGAAGGUGAAGGAUCAUAUGAAGAAGGAGAAGGGCAAGAAGGAACAAUCUCUAUCACAUUCUCAAACGAUAGUGGCCGAGAGGAUGAAUGACCAGAUCGACAUAUCACCAGAUCCAUCAUCAAUGAAUGACAACAGUGAAGAGGGUGGAUCAACAUCAAAUAUCUCAGAGUCUGGAACAUAUGACUCGAUCAAUUCUAUGACCUUUUCUCAAGAGUCCAUCAUGUCAUCAUCCAGACCACCCUCAGUCCAGAAUGAGCACAUAUCAGUUGGUCCAAAGAUGCUCAAGAGGAUGGCCACCGUUCUCAACCUUCGUUCAUAUUCUUCCAAGAGUUCCAAUGACAAUGAGUCUUCCAAGUUGAGUCUUCCCAAGAAGCUCAAUCAUUCACCGUCCACACCAUCCCCAUCUCCAUCUCUCGUCAAGUCCGAUGACAACAUACCCGACCCCAACCAAAGACCCAAGUUGACAGUGAGGAACAGACGUGGAACAGUUGCAUCCGAACUGGAUAUCAAGCACUUUAUCGAGUACUAUGAGAACACAAAGUUGAUACCAUCAAUGAUAGAGUUGUUGAGAGAUAGUGAAGCAUGUGAUUGUUUCAGAUCCUUCCUCAUGUCCGAAUACUCUGUUGAGAAUCUUGACUUUUGGUUGAGGAUUGAGAAGUUCAAAAAGAUGGAUCGUCAAGGUAAACUAGUCGAAUGCCAAUGUAUAUACAAUCAAUAUAUUAAUGAUAAGGCAACUAGUCAAGUCAAUUUACCAAGUACUUGUGUCAAGAGAGUGGAGGAAUUGUUACAGAGGAUAGAUAAUGGAGUACAUGACAACUUGGACACAAUGUUCAAUGAGUCACAGUUCCAUAUAUUCACAUUGAUGGAGACGGACAGCUUCGAGCGAUACAAAAAGUCCAACUUCCCAUUCAAGAUUGGGCCAGGUCCAUGUCUCAAGUCAAGUCAGGUUUAA